UAAAUAAUAUUUCAGGUUCGAGUGGCUAAAAUUGAUUAAAAUGCCGAACGAUUUUAUAUAUAUAUUGAGUGCAGGUGAGGCAGUCUUCAGGUUGCAGAGAUCUGUGCUACUGAACAGAUCAUCAUGCAGAAAGCAACAAUUUUAUUGUUAGCCCUAGUGGCCGGUAUCCAGGCUGGAACCUACAUAGACCGUUUCAAGGAGCAAUAUGAAAAAAUCCACAAUUCCGCCAACGGUUACUUCUCCUCCGAAGGCAUCCCCUUCCAUGCCGUUGAAACUUUAGUCGUCGAAGCUCCUGAUUAUGGACAUGAAACCACUUCUGAAGCUUACUCUUACUACCUUUGGCUGGAAGCAGUCAACGGUUAUGUAACUGGAGACUUCUCUUCGUUCAACGCCGCUUUUAAUAACUUGGAGACUUACAUUAUUCCCACGUUCCAACCUACACUAUCCGGAUACAACACCUGGAAACCAGCCACUUAUGCUGACGAGAAGGACUUGCCCAGUGAAUACCCCUCUUGGAUGCAAACUGGAGUCCCAGUUGGUCAAGAUCCCAUCUACCAAGAGUUGAAGGCAGCCUACAACCAAGACUUCAUGUACUCCAUGCACUGGCUCUUGGAUGUUGAGAACAAAUACGGAUUCGGUGAUGCCCAAGGUCAAUGCGAGGCUGGACCAACCGAAGCCGGCCCAUCCCUAAUCAACACUUUCCAGAGAGGACCACAAGAAUCCGUCUGGAGGACCAUCCCACAACCCACCUGCGACGUCUUCAAAUACGGAGGCAAAAAUGGUUUCUUGGACUUGUUCGUUGGAGACAACAGCUACACGCAGCAAUGGAAGUACACCGCCGCCCCAGACGCUGACGCUAGAGUUGUCCAAGCUACUUACUGGGCCAUCCAGUGGGCGAAGGAGAAGAACGUUUACGACUCCAUCUCUAGCACCGUCGCUAAAGUUUCCAAGAUGGGAGAUUAUUUGAGAUACACCAUGUAUGAUAAAUAUUUCAAGAAAGUUGGUAACUGCGUUGGACCAUAUGUAUGUCCUGGAGGCAGUGGAAAGGAAAGUGCUCACUACUUGAUCAAUUGGUACUUCGCUUGGGGAGGUGCCAUGCCAAAUGCUGGAAACUGGGCCUGGAUCAUCGGAGACGGAGCUGCUCACUUCGGUUAUCAGAACCCCAUGACCGCUUACGCCUUGUCCCAAGUCGACGAACUGAAACCAAAAGGUGCCACCUCCGUAGAAGAUUGGGCCACCUCAUUGGAAAGACAAUUGGAACUCUACGAGUUCUUGCAGACCUCCGAAGGUGCAUUCGCUGGUGGAGUGACUAACUCCUGGAAUGGCCGGUACGACACCCCAACUUCUAACUUGACCAGUGACACCUUCCACGGUAUGUUCUACGAUUGGGAGCCUGUCUACCAUGACCCACCAUCCAACAGAUGGUACGGUAUGCAAGCCUGGUCUGUAGACCGUUUGGCUCAGUACUACUACAUCACCAAGGACAGCAAAGCUGAAUCUAUUUUGAAGAAAUGGGUUGCAUGGGUAUUGACUGUUGUUAAAGUAGAAAAUGGCGACUUCCAGAUGCCUGAUCAUUUGACAUGGCAAGGAGUUCCACCAGAAAUCCACGUGAACGUUGGGGUCUACACUCAUGAAAUUGGUACUGCCUCUGCCACUGCUAGGGCUCUGUCUUACUGGGCUGCUGCUUCUGGUGAUAGCGAAGCCAAGGCUCUUGCUAAAGGACUUUUGGACGCUUUGUACAAUUACGCUUCAGACAAGGGAAUCACUAUCCCAGAAACUCCCGAUCAGUAUGGAAGGUUUGAAGAACCCGUCUAUGUGCCAGCUGGAUGGACCGGUACUUACCCUUACGGUGAUAUCAUUAACUCUUCUGCUACUUUCGUAGGAAUUCGUUCAUGGUUCAAACAAGAUUCUCAAUGGUCCAAGAUCCAAACCAUCCUCGACGGUGGUGAUAUUCCCGAAUUCGAAUUCCACCGUUUCUGGGCUCAGACUGACGUUGCCAUUGCUUUUGGAGUAUAUGGAAUCUUAUUCGACGAAUAAAAAUGUAAUUUCUUUUUUUCAAUAAAAUAAAACUUGGGAUUUAGA